AUGAUCGGGGGUAGUGGGCGUGGUCUGAAGUGGGCGUGGCUUAGGGGUUUCCGGCGGGGGGCGGGGCUCGGAGGUGAACGUCGAUUGGAUGGGGGCCGGGCGGGGGGCGUGGCUCCGGAGGGGCCGUGGAUUGGAUGGGACCCGUCGGUGGGCGUGGCUCCGAAACGGGCGCGGAUCGGCUGGGACCCCGUCGGCGGGCGUCGUCGAUUGGACGUCCUCCCGGCGGUGGGCGUGGCUCCGCCGCGGGCGCGGAUCGGCUGGGACCCGUCGGUGGGCGUGGCUCCGCCGCGGGCGCGGAUUGGCUGCGACCCGUCGGCGAGCGUCGUCGAUUGGACGUCCUCUCGGCGGUGGGGCGUGGCUCCGAGGCGGGCGAGGAUCGGCUGGGACCCCGACGUUGGGCGUCGUCGAUUGGACGUCCUCCCGGCGGUGGGCGUGGCUCCGAGGCGGGCGAGGAUCGGCUGGGACCCGUCGGUGGGCGUGGCUCCGAGGCGGGCGCGGAUUGGCUGGGACCCCGUCGGCGGGCGUCGUCGAUUGGACGUCCUCUCGGCGGUGGGCGUGGCUCCACCUCGGGCGCGGAUUGGCUGCGACCCGUCGAUGGCGGCGGCGGAGCAGGAGCCGCCGGAGCGGCCGGAGCCGCCGGAGCCCCGCGUCGGGGCGGGCCUGGCGCGCCUGCCCGGGGAGCUGCUGGAGCAGAUCCUGUGCUGCGCCGCGCUCGGUCCCGCCGACCUGGGCCGCCUGGCCGCCACCUGCCGCCGCCUCCGGGACCUCUGCCGCCCGCACGGCAACGUCUGGAGGCGCCGCUUCAAGCACAGGUGGCCGACGCUCCUGAAGCAUUACGACCUCACGGACAGCAUCAACUGGCUGGAGGAGUACAAAGCCCGGCAAAACGCCGGCUUCGAAGCGCAAAGGAUUGUCGCGUCGUUUUCCAAACGGUUCUUCUCGGAGCACGUCCCUUGCAAUGGCUUCAGUGACAUCGAGACCCUCGGGUGCCCAAGACACUUCUUUGAGGACGAGCUGAUGUCGAUCCUUAAUAUAGAAGGACGGAAGGCGUUGACGUGGAAAUAUUAUGCCAAGAAAAUUCUGUAUUUCCUCCGCCAGCAGGAGAUUUUGAAGAGCCUGAAGGCAUUUCUGGAGCGGGCAGAGAACGACGAAUCCUUCCUGGAAGGGGCCGUUCUGAUCGACCGCUAUUGCAACCCCCUGUCGGAUAUCAACCUGGAGGAGAUCCGGGCCCAGGUGGACGACAUCGCCGACCGAGUGCGCCUGGCCUUGCGGGGGAAGAACGCCCGCCACCCCAGCGUAUCCUCCGAGGCAGGUGGGACCUCGACGGUAGCGGACGGAGAGCUCCAGAGGCAGGUGCUGGACGCGAUCAACCAGGUCCUCUACGAGCAGCUGAAAUACAGGGGGAACCAAGCGGAUUACUAUAACGCCCUCAACCUCUUCAUCCACCAGGUUUUGAUCCGCCGAACCGGAAUCCCCAUCAGCCUGUCCGUCGUCUACCUCACCGUCGCCCGGCAGCUGGGCGUCCCGCUGGAGCCGGUCAACUUCCCCGGCCACUUCUUGCUGCGCUGGGGUCAGGGGGCCAAAGGAAGCCCGGACAUCUUCGACUACACCUACAUAGACGCCUUCGGGAAAGGGAAGCGGCUGACGGUGAAGGAGUGCGAGUAUCUGAUCGGCCACCACGUGACGGAGGAAUUCUACGGGGUCGUGAACGCCAAGGAAGUGUUGCAGAGAAUGGUGGGGAAUCUCUUAAGCCUGGGGAAACGGGAAAGGACCGAUCAGUCUUACCAACUCUUGAGAGACUCCUUGGAUCUGUACCUGGCCAUGUAUCCGGAUCAUGUGCAGCACCUCCUGCUCCAGGCCCGGCUCUACUUCCACCUGGGCAUCUGGCCAGAAAAGGUCCUGGAUAUCCUGCAGCACAUCCAGACGCUGGACCCGUCUCAGCACGGGGCGGUGGGCUACCUGGUCCAGCAUACCCUGGAGCAUAUUGAACGCCGCAAGGAGGAGGUGGGCGUGGAGGUGAAGCUGCGCUCGGGGCCCAAGCACCACGACGUCUGCUUCCCCGUCGGCCGCAUCAUGAAGCACAAGAGGUACGGUUAUAACUGCGUGAUCUACGGCUGGGACCCCACCUGCAUGAUGGGCCACGAGUGGAUCCGAAACAUGAACGUCCACAGCUUGCCGCGGGGCCACCACCAGCCCUUCUACAAUGUCCUGGUGGAAGACGGGUCGUGCCGGUACGCCGCCCAAGAAAACCUGGAAUACAGCGCGGAGCCCCGAGAGAUCUCCCACCCGGACAUCGGGCGCUAUUUUUCCGAGUUCACCGGCACCCGCUACCUCGCCAACGCGGAGCUGGCCACCCGGUACCCUGAGGACGCGGAGUUCGAGGCCGAGGCCGAGGCGGCCCCUCCCGCCGCCGCCGAGGGCGGCGAGGAGUGAGGCGGGGUGUCGGCGACCGUCCUCCAGAGGGACCGCCUUCCGGAAGAAGAUCGGCGGCCACCCCAGGGUCCCGGGGCCAAACGAUCCUUCUCUGGAGAGGCGCCGUCGGGCACUUUGGGCCAUACCUUCGAAUCCUGCGCUUUCUGGAGUCUCGCCACCUUCCCGAACCGUCCGACUCCUGAGCCCCCGUGAACGUUAUUCGCCCGCCAGGGAGCCGGGUCGAGGUGACCGAAGGAGCCGUGUCGCCGCCCGGCUGGGCUCCUGCCGCCCAAAGGCGACAGAUCCUCGGCGCUUUCCCGAAAAGACUGUCCCGUCUCCGCCCCGGGACCCGGCGCAAGGCUUGGCACGUAGUGGGUGCCGCGGCGGGACCUCGGGAGCGUCGCGUCACCUCUCCGGGCCCCGGUUCCCUCCUCUGUAAAACGGGGAUUGAGACCGUGAGCCCCACGUGGGACA